AUCUCCCGCCACCGAGGAAGCGCUCUUGUCUACGCGGGUGUUUUCUCCAAUUUGGGUGCUGGCAGGUAAAAGAACUCCAGUGGGCUGAGUUGGGACAGAAGGAAUCGUGGGAAACAAAGGCUGCAGAAGACAGGUGCGGAAGACAGCUGAUCUGUUUCCCAGAGUUGUAAGACAAGUAACUCUGAUCCGGGUGACCAAGAUGGAGUUUUCAGGAAGACUGCGGAAGAAGUUGAGGUUGGCAUGUGACCAGAAAAAUGCUUGUUACCCUCACAGCCUCCAGUUUUACUUGCAGCCCCCCUCUGAGAACAUAUCUUUGAUAGAGUUUGAAAACCUGGCUAUUGAUAGAGUUAAAUUGCUAAAAGCAGUUGAAAAUCUUGGGGUGAGCUAUGUGAAAGGAACAGAACAAUACCAGAAUAAGUUAGAAGCUGAGAUUCGAAAGCUCAAGUUUUCCUACAGAGAAAACUUAGAAGAUGAAUAUGAACCCCGAAGAAGAGAUCAUAUUUCUCACUUUAUUUUGCGCCUCGCUUAUUGCCAGUCUGAAGAUCUUAGAAGAUGGUUCAUUCAACAAGAAAUGGAUCUUCUUCGAUUUCGAUUCAAUAUUUUACCCAAGGAUAAAAUUCAAAAUUUCCUAAAGGAUAGCCAUUUACAUUUUGAAGCUAUAAGUGAUGAAGAGAAGACCCUUCGUGAACAGGAGAUUAUUGCCUCCUCACCAAGUUUAAAUGGAGUUAAGUGGGAAUCGGAGUCAGUUUAUAAGAUCCCCUUUGCUGAUGCUCUGGACUUGUUCCGAGGAAGGAGAGUCUACUUGGAAGACGGCUUUGCGUAUGUGCCACUUAAGGACAUUGUGGCAAUCAUCCUGAAUGAGUUUAGAGCCAAUCUGUCCAAGGCCUUGGCACUAACGGCCAGGUCCUUGCCUACUGUGCAGUCUGAUGAACGACUUCAGCCUCUCCUCAACCACCUCAGCCAUUCUUACACUGGUCAAGAUUACAGUACACAGAGGAAUGCUGGGAAGAUUUCCUUAGAUCAGAUUGAUUCGCUUUCUACCAAAUCCUUUCCACCUUGCAUGCGUCAGUUGCAUAAGGCUUUGCGGGAUAAUCACCAUCUUCGUCAUGGAGGCCGGAUGCAGUAUGGUCUGUUCCUGAAGGGCAUCGGUUUGACCUUGGAACAGGCAUUACAGUUCUGGAAGCAAGAAUUUAUCAAAGGCAAGAUGGAUCCAGACAAGUUUGAUAAAGGUUACUCUUACAAUAUCCGCCAUAGCUUUGGAAAGGAAGGCAAGCGGACAGACUAUACGCCUUUCAGUUGCAUGAAGAUUAUUCUCACCAAUCCACCAAGCCAAGGGGAUUAUCAUGGGUGCCCAUUUCGUCACAGCGAUCCAGAGCUGCUGAAGCAGAAGCUGCAGGCAUUCAAGAUCUCUCCCACGGGAAUAAGCCAGAUUUUGGACUUAGUAAAGGGGACGCAUUACCAGGUAGCCUGCCAGAAGUACUUCGAGAUGACACAUAAUGUGGAUGAUUGUGGCUUUUCUUUGAACCAUCCGAAUCAGUUCUUCCUCGAGAGUCAGCGGCUCCUGACUGGUGGCAAAGACAUCAAGAAGGAAUCCAGCCAGCCGGAAACACCUCAGCCCAAACCCAGUGUUCAGAAAACCAGGGAUGCAGCGUCUGCCCUGGCCUCUCUAAACUCCUCCCUAGAAACGGAGUUGGAGGGGCUGGAAGACUACUUUAGUAACUGACUCAGGCAGUACAGUAACCUUACCCCAUCAGACCUUUCCUGUUUGUAAGGUUUUGCCUUUUUCUUUUUAACCUUUCCAGUGAACACCCUCCUCUGCCUCGUGCACACAUGUCUAUUAGGAAAGCAGGGCUUCCUCUACUCUGCUCUAUUUGGCAUAAAGGAAAAGAAAGAGUUACUAUUGAAAUCUUUUACUGAAUGGUAUUAUUUAAAUCCUGUUUUAGAAAAUCCAGACAGCACUUGAGGACUAGAAGCAAUCAGCUAAAACCAACUUUUAAUGUUUAAUAUGCUAUAAUGUUGACCCAAUCCUUUUCUGGACUGUUUGUGUUAAUAAAUAUCAAAAUGUAUAUGA